AUGGCUGCUAAUCUUAACUCUUUUGUGCCCGGAACAUUCACUUUUAAAGUAAUGAGCGUUCUUACUGUAUUUUUCCAUUUAAUUCCACUACAAUAUAGAAGAGGUAACGGCUGGAUUAUUCUAUACGUCGUUAAUUCCUUACUCAUUAUAUUUGGAAUUUACCUUGUAGUUGUCGCUUUCAAGUUCAAAAAGUCAUCAAAGGUAUCGAACUUCUCAACAAUUGCGCUUAGCAUCUAUUUAGCAAUUGGUCCAUUUCUUUUUGUCCCAAUUUCAGCUCAAUACUGCGGACAAAUUUUAUCAGGCUACAUUUCCAAGGAUGUUGCUACGGAUGUUAAAUCAAGCAUAGCUGUUGCCACAUCAGCCAUUGCGAUUCUUAUGUGGAUGUGGAUUAUCAUCAAAGCCUAUUCAAUUUCAUUGGUAUUCAGACAAGUGUCAUUCCAAUCAAUUGAAGAGCUCCACAGACCAGGCUUUUGA